AUGGCGGCGCAGGGUGGAAGAAGAGGCACACGGCGGAGCAGUCGUCGACGGCGAUGCCCCGCCGCCGCCGGCGCCAGGCGGCAGCGGCGUGCUCCACGAGCCUCUUCGCGGCUUUGGCCCUAUCGGGCGUCGAGGACACGAUCUGCACCGCCUCGAGGUUGGAGACGACGUCCCACACCUGAGGUCCAUAUAAAUGAAGGUCGCACGAUUACUUCGCCCCCUCCAUUAAGAAUAUAGCUUUCUCUGGCAGGCCCUUUUUUUAAUGAGCCUGACAUCUUUGAAGCAGAGAGAGAGAGAGAGAGAGAGAGAGAGAUCUUACCCCGUCGGUGGCCAGCACGACGAAGAGGUCCCUGUCGGUAAUCGUCCGGUGGGUCACCUCCGGCGUGGAGAUGAGCCCAAAGUCCUUAACGCAGAAGUCCCCGAAAGCCCUCGACAUGGCUAGGCCCGGCACCUCCCCGCACGGCAGCCACACCCUUUGCACGCCGGGCUCGUCCUCCAGGCAGAACACCUGCCCGUUGCACCGCCUGAUCCUCUCCGCCUCCUCUGCGCCGCCAUGGAGAUUACGAGACCCAUCCCUAGAACAGUCAAUUUCUCCAUGAACGAAAAGUCAAAUCCAGUGUCGAGGAAACUCACGAGGAAGACUGGGCUUGAAGUCCACGGUCAGCUGGACGGGAAUCGGGCCGGCGUCGUCGUCGUCGUCGCCGCCGGCGGUGGCCAGGACGGCGCGAGAGUCUCCGACGUUCGCCAGGAUGAUGAGCUCCCCCUAGAAAGACGUUCAACGGCGAGAGUGAAUCUGUGUGACUAAAGUUUGCCUUGCUGACCUUUGUCUGUGAACUUUCCCCACUUCAGAAGACAAGCCGAGAUAUGGGUCGCCGGUGAAUCCCCGAACAGAAGAAGAUCUAGAGCUUAUGAUCAUGGAUAACAGCUCGAUUCUCUCUCUAGAGAGCAAAAAAGAAGAAGAUGAUGAGCAUGGAAAUCCGCACCCCCCCAGGUGAAUGAGAUGCCAAAUGCUCAUAAACCCGGAGAAGAUAUUCUCUCUGUAUAUCCAACAGAUCACUGAAGUCAACCUUUGAUCCCUCAUUAAAUCAGUAAAUAAGGUUCUAAUCCUAAUCAUCUGAGCCAUAAUCCGAUUAGAUUUCGCAGAAAUAAAAAUCAUUCCCCAAGUAG